ACUACUUUGCUCAAAUGCUCUGUAAAUCAGGAGGACAUUUGUACCAUGAGUAACUUCUUAAAACUCAGGCUGCCGAGCAUUUUGGUUUUGUUAUUGUUUCUUAAUGGAAGGAGGUAUUUUUAAGUGGAAAUGCCGGUAGAAAUUCUGAGAAAUGGGCUAUAUUUACUACUGUGUUUGGUUUGUAAGGCAUGAGUAAUGCAACUCUUGAGUGGAGGGUUCUCACCUAAAGGAUGCAAAGCAAAUUAAAUAGAUGAGAAUGGAACAAAUCUGGGCAGGUGUUUUAGCUGCUUUUCAAAAUACCCGUCUUGAUGUAGAUUUGUUUGUUUCUCUGAGCAGUUCUGGGUAUUCUUCUCUAGCCUACAAGUAAACAAGAGUUUUACAAUCCUGUCUUAAUCUGAGUCUUUACUCUUCUGGCAAAUUGGCUUUAUGGGGGCAGUUAGAUGGGAGGUAAUGGUUUUACUCUUCAUCCAUUUUCAGCCAGCAAAGUUCAAGAAUAAUCUUUCUUCCAAGACUAAGCUGAUAUUGGCACUGAAAUGGAGAGUUUAUCUCAAAUCCUGUGCAUCAGUCCAGAGAUACUGCAGUUACUUGGUUAUUACCAGAGUGUUCAGAAAGGACUUGUAAGACUUCCUGCGUAAUUUUUGGGGUGGUUUUUGUUUAAAGUUUUUUGCUUUGGUUUUGUUUUUUAUUUUUCACUGUCUUGGUUGGUUUUCUUUUUAUUUUUUUGUUUGUUUUGUUUUGUUGGUGCUUUUUUUUGGUGGAGUUUUUUCGUGGUUUUUUGUUUGUUUGUUUGUUUUUUUGUUUUUGUUUUUUUUUUUUUUAGGAAAUCUCCUAAACAAAACAUGAUUUUAUUAAUGCUGAUCACUGAAACUCACGAGUAAUAGAACAGUCUAGAUGUAGGUGUGGGCUUAAGGAUUAAUAAUGGGCAAUCAUUUGUUUGGAAUUUCAUGGGCAGCAUGAUGCUGUUGGAGACAGCUGAUUUCCUUUCCUCGAGUGUGCUGGCUCUGGUGCCCACCUGGGAGUUGAUUCAGGGAAUCGUCUGUGGUGGUUUUCUCCUAAUCUGUGGGAUUUUUCCUUUGCAGGACCCGUGGGGGCACAGCCCCUGCUCAUGGUGCCCAGACGUCCCGGCUAUGGCACCAUGGGCAAGCCCAUUAAACUGCUGGCCAACUGCUUCCAAGUUGAAAUCCCAAAGAUUGAUGUCUACCUCUAUGAGGUGGAUAUCAAACCAGAUAAGUGUCCUCGGAGGGUGAACAGGGACGUGGUGGACUCUAUGGUGCAGCAUUUUAAAGUGACAAUAUUUGGGGACCGUAGACCAGUUUAUGAUGGGAAAAGAAGCCUCUAUACAGCAAAUCCACUUCCUGUGGCCACUACUGGGCAGGUGGAUUUGGAUGUGACACUACCAGGAGAGGGUGGAAAAGAUCGUCCCUUCAAAGUGUCAAUAAAGUUUGUUUCUCGGGUGAGCUGGCACUUGCUGCAUGAAGUUUUGACAGGAAGAACCUUGCCUGAGCCUCUGGAACUAGACAAACCUAUCAGCACUAACCCUGUUCAUGCUGUCGAUGUGGUGCUACGACACCUCCCCUCCAUGAAGUACACCCCUGUGGGCCGCUCCUUCUUCUCAGCUCCAGAAGGCUACGACCACCCCCUGGGAGGGGGCAGGGAGGUCUGGUUUGGGUUCCAUCAGUCAGUCCGACCUGCCAUGUGGAAAAUGAUGCUCAACAUCGAUGUUUCUGCCACUGCCUUCUACAAAGCACAACCCGUAAUUCAGUUCAUGUGUGAAGUCCUUGACAUUCAUAAUAUUGAUGAACAACCACGACCUCUGACUGAUUCUCAUCGGGUAAAAUUCACCAAAGAGAUAAAGGGUCUAAAGGUAGAAGUGACUCACUGUGGGACAAUGAGAAGGAAGUACCGUGUCUGUAACGUAACGAGACGGCCUGCAAGUCAUCAAACCUUUCCUUUACAGCUAGAAAAUGGCCAGACUGUGGAGAGGACAGUAGCACAGUAUUUCAGAGAGAAAUACAACCUCCAGCUGAAAUAUCCUCACCUUCCUUGUCUGCAAGUGGGACAGGAACAAAAACACACCUACCUGCCUUUAGAAGUGUGUAACAUCGUGGCUGGCCAGAGGUGCAUCAAGAAGCUGACAGACAAUCAGACAUCAACCAUGAUAAAAGCAACAGCCAGGUCUGCCCCAGACAGGCAGGAGGAAAUCAGCAGAUUGGUGAGAAGUGCAAAUUAUGAUGCAGAUCCAUUUGUCCAAGAGUUCCAGUUCAAAGUGAGGGAUGAGAUGGCCCAUGUGACAGGACGUGUGCUCCCAGCCCCGAUGCUGCAGUACGGAGGACGGAAUCGAACCGUGGCAACACCAAGCCAUGGCGUGUGGGACAUGCGAGGGAAACAGUUCCACACUGGGGUGGAGAUCAAGAUGUGGGCCAUAGCUUGCUUUGCAACACAGAGACAGUGCAGAGAAGAAAUUCUGAAGGGUUUCACAGACCAGCUGCGCAAGAUCUCCAAGGACGCCGGGAUGCCGAUCCAGGGCCAGCCCUGCUUCUGCAAGUAUGCCCAGGGUGCAGACAGCGUGGAGCCCAUGUUCAGACACCUCAAGAACACCUAUUCAGGGCUUCAGCUCAUCAUUGUCAUCCUGCCAGGGAAGACACCUGUGUAUGCGGAGGUGAAGCGUGUGGGAGAUACACUGUUGGGAAUGGCCACACAGUGUGUUCAGGUCAAGAACGUCAUUAAAACAUCUCCACAGACCCUUUCAAAUCUGUGCCUGAAGAUUAAUGUUAAACUAGGAGGAAUCAACAACAUCCUUGUACCUCAUCAGAGACCUUCUGUGUUCCAGCAGCCAGUGAUCUUUUUGGGAGCUGAUGUCACUCACCCUCCAGCUGGAGAUGGAAAGAAGCCUUCCAUUGCUGCUGUUGUAGGCAGCAUGGAUGCUCAUCCCAGCAGGUACUGUGCCACGGUGAGGGUCCAGCGGCCCCGGCAGGAGAUCAUCCAGGACCUGGCCUCCAUGGUCAGGGAGCUGCUCAUCCAGUUCUACAAAUCAACACGGUUCAAGCCCACCCGUAUCAUCUUCUACAGGGACGGGGUCUCUGAGGGACAGUUCCGACAGGUUUUGUAUUAUGAACUGCUGGCCAUUAGAGAAGCCUGCAUCAGUUUGGAGAAGGAUUACCAGCCUGGAAUAACCUACAUUGUGGUGCAGAAGCGACAUCAUACACGGCUGUUCUGUGCUGACAGAACAGAAAGGGUUGGACGAAGUGGAAAUAUUCCAGCUGGGACAACUGUAGAUACAGACAUUACACACCCCUACGAGUUUGAUUUUUACCUCUGUAGCCAUGCUGGAAUACAGGGAACCAGCCGUCCCUCCCACUACCACGUGCUGUGGGAUGACAACUGUUUCACAGCAGACGAGCUGCAGCUGCUGACGUACCAGCUGUGCCACACGUACGUGCGCUGCACCCGCUCCGUCUCCAUCCCCGCGCCCGCCUACUACGCUCACCUGGUGGCAUUCAGAGCACGCUACCACCUCGUGGACAAGGAACACGACAGUGCUGAAGGGAGCCACGUGUCAGGACAGAGCAACGGGCGAGACCCGCAGGCCCUGGCGAAGGCUGUACAGAUUCACCAAGACACCUUACGCACGAUGUACUUCGCUUAAGUCAAUGACCCGGGAGACACUCACGGAGAGGAGAACUGAGAACUUAAGCCACAUACAAUGUAUGUUUCCAGGGGGUUGGUUUAGGGGCUGUGCCUCCCAUCGUGCUGGAGCUGACGCUGUGCAGGGGCGAGAGGCUCACCCUUAAAUUGACAUGAGGAAGAUUGUUUACUUCAUCCAGGAACACAGCACUAUUAUGCAAUAUGAAACCAGCCAACUGCUUUUUUGGGGCGGGCUCCCGUGGGAAGCACCGCCAUCAUUUUUUUUUUAAUUAUUAUUUCUCGUAGUUUAACCCUCUUCUGCCUUUACCUCAAGUUGCUCGGCAGCACAACUAUUGUUGCAAAAAAAAAAAAAGUAAUAAUAAACUAAAAUCUAUUGUGUAAUUUAAAACAAAAAACAAACCACCUUUUAGGAACAAUCACAGUGAUUGUUUGGAGAAGGGAAGUGUGCAAAAAAGAAAAUAAGUUUUUAAUCCCCGUGCAUUGAGGAAUCUUUCUCUGUGUUGCCAUCGAGCAUUCGAAUGUGAACAUAUCCAAGUGCAUUGGAAUGUAUAGCACUAGCUAGGAAACAGUGAGGGGGGGAAGAUGUUUUGCACACUAGUCCAAUAAUUUGAACCUAAUUUAGCCAAUGGCUGCCUUUGUGUCUUUUCUAACAGCUUUGGAGUUCUCAGCUCCAAGAGUUCCCUUUCAAAAGCAAUCCAAGAAGCUCGUGGUUCAUGUGCAGGCAGUAGUGACCCAACUCUUCUUGCUCCCUGGGGGAAUUUACUAAAGCUGCUGUUUUACCUAGUCCAAAAGUUUCAAUUUUUUCCUAUCUGGCAAGUCAAAUCUGUUGAAACUUCACAUAAGAUCUGAUGUCCCAGGUUUUCUGGGAUGACAUACAGUAACCACCAGAACUGAAACUUUAGAGCUAAGGUCUUUUUGGAU